AUGCCGUGGGGCUGCGUGACAGCAGCCGAGACGGGGACCCGGGGUCGAGGCAUGGACCUGUCGGCUCUUCCCAACAACAACCGCCCGGAGAAGCUCCUCCAGCUGGACGUGAAUUCGCUGCCCGCCAGCCAUGGGAUGUUUGAGGUGGGGUCCGCGAUGGGGGCGGCGCUGUCCGGCGGGAAGCAGUGGCAGAACAGGGUUUACUACCAGAGGGAGCAGAAGAGGGUGAACCGCCACAGACCAUCUCCGGAGGACAGCCCCGUGUUUGUGGACCGGGACCUCGAGAAGCACAUAACUCAGGUCACGCUGAAAGGCACGGUGAAGACGAAUCCGCUCUACACAGACAUGAAGAGCGCCCACAGCUGGGAGACCAAAAAGUCGAAACCCUCGUGGACCAUCCAGGAGUACGACAGACACUCGUUGCGCUCCGGUUUAGCAGACUAUUUGAAGGAGGACCCCAGGGAUCUGAACUUCUGGCUGGAGGAUCUCUACCCAGGCUUCGACUCCCUGCUGAAGAAGAAAGAAGCUGAACAGAGAAGAAACAAGCUGUGUAAAAUUGUGUCCUAUGUUAUACUGCUCACUGUUGCCCUUAUUGUCAUCAUUGUUGUGCCAAUUGUUGCUACAAACAAUAAAAACUGA